UCCUUGUGCGGCGCCAUUUUAAGCCUCUCGGUCUGUGGCAGCCGCGCUAGCCCGGCCCUAGGAGCGGAGAGCGAGGGGAGGCGGAGACGGAGGAAGGUCCGAGGAGCAGCUCCGGUCCCCGCCGAGCCGCAACAGCAGGCCGAGGACGGUCGGACUCCAGCGGCGGGAGGAGCCUGUUCCCCUGAGUUUUACUUGUGAUUUCGUCAUUCACAUGUUGUUAUGCCGGUAGUUUCCUUUCAAGAUUCGUAACAGGGUAUCUGAAGCACACCAUACACCGGUUUUGAAAAUCCUGUGUGGGCAAUGGCUACCCAAGCUGAUCUGAUGGAACUGGACAUGGCCAUGGAGCCAGACAGAAAAGCAGCUGUCAGUCACUGGCAGCAACAGUCUUACCUGGACUCUGGAAUCCAUUCUGGUGCCACCACCACAGCCCCUUCUCUGAGUGGUAAAGGCAAUCCUGAGGAAGAGGAUGUGGAUACCACCCAAGUCCUGUACGAGUGGGAACAGGGGUUUUCUCAGUCCUUCACUCAAGAACAAGUGGCUGAUAUUGAUGGUCAGUAUGCGAUGACGCGAGCUCAGAGAGUGCGAGCUGCUAUGUUCCCUGAGACUUUAGACGAGGGCAUGCAGAUCCCAUCCACACAGUUCGAUGCUGCUCACCCUACUAACGUCCAGCGUUUGGCUGAACCAUCACAGAUGCUGAAACACGCAGUUGUAAAUUUGAUUAACUAUCAAGAUGAUGCAGAACUUGCCACACGUGCAAUCCCCGAACUGACAAAACUGCUAAACGAUGAGGACCAGGUGGUGGUUAAUAAGGCUGCAGUUAUGGUCCAUCAGCUUUCGAAAAAGGAAGCUUCCAGACACGCCAUCAUGCGUUCUCCUCAGAUGGUGUCUGCCAUCGUACGCACCAUGCAGAAUACGAACGACGUGGAGACAGCUCGCUGUACUGCUGGCACCUUGCACAAUCUUUCUCAUCAUCGUGAGGGCUUGCUGGCCAUCUUUAAGUCUGGGGGCAUUCCCGCCCUGGUGAAGAUGCUUGGGUCACCAGUGGAUUCUGUAUUAUUUUAUGCCAUUACAACUCUCCACAACCUUUUAUUGCAUCAAGAAGGAGCUAAAAUGGCAGUGCGUUUAGCUGGUGGGCUGCAGAAAAUGGUUGCCUUGCUCAACAAAACAAAUGUUAAAUUCUUGGCUAUUACGACAGACUGCCUUCAGAUUUUAGCUUACGGCAACCAAGAAAGCAAGCUGAUCAUUCUGGCUAGUGGUGGACCUCAAGCUUUAGUAAAUAUAAUGAGGACCUACACUUACGAGAAACUACUGUGGACCACAAGCAGAGUACUGAAGGUGCUGUCUGUCUGCUCUAGUAAUAAACCAGCUAUUGUAGAAGCCGGUGGAAUGCAAGCUUUAGGGCUUCACCUGACAGAUCCAAGUCAACGUCUCGUUCAGAACUGUCUUUGGACUCUUAGGAAUCUAUCAGAUGCUGCGACUAAACAGGAAGGGAUGGAAGGUCUUCUUGGGACCCUUGUUCAGCUUCUGGGCUCAGAUGAUAUAAAUGUGGUCACCUGUGCAGCUGGAAUUCUUUCUAAUCUCACUUGCAAUAAUUAUAAGAAUAAGAUGAUGGUCUGCCAAGUGGGUGGUAUAGAGGCACUUGUGCGUACUGUCCUUCGUGCUGGUGACAGGGAGGACAUCACCGAGCCUGCCAUCUGUGCUCUUCGUCAUCUGACCAGUCGACACCAGGAAGCAGAGAUGGCCCAGAAUGCUGUUCGUCUUCACUAUGGACUACCGGUUGUGGUUAAACUCCUGCACCCACCAUCCCAUUGGCCUCUGAUAAAGGCCACCGUUGGAUUGAUUCGAAACCUUGCCCUUUGUCCAGCAAAUCACGCACCUCUCCGUGAACAGGGUGCCAUUCCACGACUAGUUCAGUUGCUGGUUCGUGCCCAUCAAGAUACCCAGCGCCGCACAUCUAUGGGCGGAACGCAGCAGCAGUUUGUGGAGGGAGUCCGUAUGGAAGAAAUUGUUGAAGGUUGUACCGGAGCCCUUCAUAUCCUAGCUCGGGAUGUUCACAACCGAAUCGUAAUCAGAGGACUAAAUACCAUUCCAUUGUUUGUGCAGCUGCUUUAUUCUCCCAUUGAAAAUAUCCAAAGAGUAGCCGCAGGGGUCCUCUGUGAACUUGCUCAGGACAAGGAGGCUGCGGAAGCCAUUGAAGCGGAGGGAGCCACGGCUCCUCUGACAGAGCUCCUUCACUCCAGAAACGAAGGUGUGGCAACAUACGCAGCUGCUGUUUUGUUCCGAAUGUCUGAGGACAAGCCCCAGGACUACAAGAAGCGGCUUUCGGUGGAGCUGACCAGUUCUCUCUUCAGAACGGAGCCAAUGGCUUGGAAUGAGACUGCUGAUCUUGGACUUGAUAUUGGUGCCCAGGGAGAGCCCCUUGGAUAUCGUCAGGAUGAUCCCAGCUACCGUUCCUUUCACUCUGGUGGAUAUGGCCAGGAUGCCUUGGGUAUGGACCCCAUGAUGGAGCAUGAGAUGGGUGGCCACCACCCUGGUGCUGACUAUCCAGUUGAUGGGCUGCCAGAUCUGGGGCACGCCCAGGACCUCAUGGAUGGGCUGCCUCCAGGCGACAGCAAUCAGCUGGCCUGGUUUGAUACUGACCUGUAAAUCAUCCUUUAGCUGUAUUGUCUGAACUUGCAUUGUGAUUGGCCUGUAGAGUUGCUGAGAGGGCUCGAGGGGUGGGCUGGUAUCUCAGAAAGUGCCUGACACACUAACCAAGCUGAGUUUCCUAUGGGAACAAUUGAAGUAAACUUUUUGUUCUGGUCCUUUUUGGUCGAGGAGUAACAAUACAAAUGGAUUUUGGGAGUGACUCAAGAAGUGAAGAAUGCACAAGAAUGGAUCACAAGAUAUGGAAUUUAUCAAACUCUAGCCUUGCUUGUUAAAUUUUUUUUUUUUUUUAAAUAUCUGUAAUGGUACUGACUUUGCUUGCUUUGAAGUAGCUCUUUAAUUUUUUUUUGCAGUAACUGUUAGUUUUUUAAGUCUCUCGUAGUGUUAAGUUAUAGUGAAUACUGCUACAGCAAUUUCUAAUUUUUAAGAAUUGAGUAAUGGUGUAGAACACUAAUUCAUAAUCACUCUAAUUGUAAUCUGAAUAAAGUGUAACAUUGUGUAGCCUUUUUGUAUAAAAUAGACAAAUAGAAAUGGUCCAAUUAGUUUCCUUUUUAAUAUGCUUAAAAUAAGCAGGUGGAUCUAUUUCAUGUUUUUGAUCAAAAACUUUAUUUGGGAUAUGUAUGGGUAGGGUAAAUCAGUAAGAGGUGUUAUUUGGAACCUUGUUUUGGACAGUUUACCAUUUGCCUUUUAUCCCAAAGUUGUUGUAACCUGCUGUGAUACAAUGCUUCAAGAGAAAAUGCGGUUAUAAAAAUGGUUCAGAAUUAAACUUUUAAUUCAUU